UUAUAAGAAGAGGAAGAGAGAGCUGAGCUGGAACGUCAUGUGAUGCCUUGCACCACCUUGGGACUCUUCAGGGAGUCCCCACCAGGAAGAAAUUCUUCACCAGAUGUACUCUCUCGACCUUGGACUUCUCAGCUUCCAUAACUCAAAAUACAAUGCCCAGAAGCUUUUGGAAGGCAGUGACAGUGGCUGUGGUGGGAAUGAGAUCUCGAAACCAAGGUGGUGAAAGUGCAUCUGAUGGGCAUAUCUCCUGUCCCAAACCCUCCAUCAUCGGCAAUGCUGGUGAAAAAAGUCUCUCAGAAGAUGCAAAAAAGAAGAAGAAAUCAAAUAGGAAGGAGGAUGAUGUCAUGGCCUCAGGAACUGUCAAACGACACCUAAAAACAUCUGGAGAAAGUGAACGAAAGACUAAGAAAUCCCUGGAGUUAUCCAAAGAAGACCUCAUCCAACUACUCAGUAUAAUGGAAGGGGAGUUGCAGGCCAGAGAAGAUGUGAUCCAUAUGCUGAAGACAGAGAAAACCAAGCCUGAGGUUCUGGAGGCUCAUUACGGGUCUGCGGAGCCAGAGAAAGUGCUGCGGGUCCUGCACCGAGAUGCCAUUCUUGCCCAGGAGAAAUCCAUAGGAGAAGAUGUCUAUGAGAAACCGAUUUCAGAGCUGGACAGACUUGAGGAAAAACAGAAAGAAACCUACCGGCGCAUGCUAGAGCAGCUGUUGCUGGCCGAGAAGUGUCACAGGCGCACUGUAUACGAGUUAGAGAAUGAGAAGCAUAAACACACUGACUACAUGAACAAGAGUGACGACUUCACCAACCUGCUGGAGCAGGAGCGGGAGAGGUUAAAAAAACUCCUUGAACAAGAAAAGGCUUAUCAAGCCCGCAAAGAAAAGGAAAAUGCUAAACGACUCAAUAAACUAAGAGAUGAGCUUGUUAAACUCAAGUCCUUUGCACUCAUGCUGGUGGAUGAAAGACAAAUGCACAUUGAACAACUUGGCCUGCAAAGCCAGAAAGUACAGGAUCUUACUCAGAAGCUGAGGGAAGAAGAAGAAAAGCUCAAAGCCAUUACUUCCAAAUCCAAAGAAGACAGACAGAAAUUGCUCAAGUUAGAAGUGGACUUUGAACACAAGGCUUCGAGGUUUUCUCAAGAGCAUGAAGAGAUGAACGCUAAACUGGCUAAUCAAGAGUCUCACAAUAGGCAACUUAGACUCAAGCUGGUUGGCUUAACCCAAAGAAUCGAGGAGCUAGAAGAGACUAACAAAAAUCUGCAGAAGGCAGAGGAAGAACUUCAGGAAUUAAGAGAUAAAAUUGCCAAAGGAGAAUGUGGAAACUCUAGCCUCAUGGCAGAAGUGGAAAAUCUUCGAAAGCGUGUGCUUGAAAUGGAAGGUAAAGAUGAGGAGAUCACUAAAACUGAAUCCCAGUGUAGGGAAUUGAGGAAGAAGCUGCAAGAGGAAGAACACCAUAGUAAGGAGCUCAAACUUGAAGUUGAGAAGCUACAGAAGAGAAUGUCUGAACUAGAGAAAUUGGAAGAAGCAUUUAGCAAGAGUAAAUCUGAGUGCACCCAGCUACAUUUAAACCUGGAGAAAGAAAAGAACUUAACCAAAGACCUGCUAAAUGAAUUGGAGGUGGUCAAGAGUCGAGUUAAAGAAUUGGAAUGUUCUGAAAGUAGAUUGGAAAAGGCUGAAUUAAGCCUAAAAGAUGAUCUUACGAAGUUGAAGUCAUUUACCAUGAUGCUGGUUGAUGAAAGGAAAAAUAUGAUGGAAAAAAUAAAGCAGGAAGAGAGAAAAGUGGAUGGACUCAAUAAAAAUUUUAAGGUGGAACAAGGAAAAGUUAUGGAUGUAACUGAAAAACUAAUUGAAGAAAGUAAGAAGCUUUUAAAACUAAAAUCUGAAAUGGAGGAAAAAGUAUACAACUUGACAAGAGAAAGAGAUGAGUUGAUAGGCAAAUUGAAAAGUGAAGAAGAAAAAUCCUCUGAAUUAAGCUGCAGUGUUGACUUACUAAAGAAGAGACUUGAUGGUAUAGAGGAAGUGGAAAGAGAAAUAACAAGAGGAAGGUCACGAAAAGGGUCUGAGCUCACCUGCCCGGAAGAUAAUAAGAUUAAGGAACUAACACUUGAAAUUGAGAGACUGAAGAAACGUCUCCAACAAUUGGAAGUGGUCGAAGGGGAUUUGAUGAAGACAGAAGAUGAGUAUGAUCAGCUGGAACAGAAAUUUAGAACUGAGCAGGAUAAGGCUAACUUCCUCUCUCAACAACUAGAGGAGAUCAAGCACCAAAUUGCCAAGAAUAAAGCAAUAGAGAAGGGUGAGGUUGUGAGCCAGGAAGCUGAACUGAGACACAGAUUUCGGUUGGAAGAAGCUAAAAGUCGAGACUUAAAAGCCGAAGUACAAGCUCUUAAAGAGAAGAUUCACGAAUUAAUGAACAAAGAAGAUCAGCUUUCUCAGCUCCAGGUAGAUUAUUCUGUACUUCAACAAAGAUUUAUGGAAGAAGAAAAUAAGAACAAAAACAUGGGGCAGGAGGUCCUCAAUCUGACCAAAGAGUUGGAGCUUUCCAAGCGCUACAGCAGAGCUCUUAGGCCCAGUGUGAAUGGAAGAAGAAUGGUGGAUGUUCCUGUGACGUCAACUGGAGUCCAAACUGAUGCAGUCAGCAGUGAAGCAACAGAGGAAGAAACGCCAGCUGUAUUCAUACGGAAAUCCUUCCAGGAAGAAAAUCAUAUUAUGAGUAAUCUUCGGCAGGUGGGAUUGAAGAAACCCAUGGAAAGAUCCUCUGUUCUAGACAGGUAUCCUCCAGCAGCAAAUGAGCUCACUAUGAGAAAGUCUUGGAUUCCAUGGAUGAGAAAGAGGGAAAAUGGCCCCUCAAUCACUCAGGAGAAAGGGCCCCGAACAAAUUCCAGUCCAGGGCACCCAGGAGAGGUAGUCCUUUCACCAAAGCAGGGCCAGCCCCUGCAUAUCCGAGUGACACCAGACCACCAGAACAGCACUGCGACUUUGGAGAUAACAAGCCCGACAUCUGAAGAGUUUUUUUCUAGUACCACCGUCAUUCCUACCUUAGGGAAUCAGAAACCAAGAAUAACCAUUAUCCCAUCACCAAACGUUAUGCCUCAAAAACAAAAAAGUGGAGAUACUACUCUCGGCCCAGAACGAGCCAUGUCCCCAGUCACAAUUACUACAUUUUCCAGAGAGAAGACUCCAGAAAGUGGAAGAGGCGCAUUCGCAGACAGGCCCACAUCCCCUAUUCAGAUAAUGACGGUGUCUACAUCAGCAGCACCAGCUGAGAUUGCAGUUUCUCCCGAAUCCCAGGAAAUGCCCAUGGGACGGACAAUCCUUAAAGUCACCCCAGAAAAACAGACUGUUCCAACUCCAGUGCGGAAAUACAACUCCAAUGCCAAUAUCAUAACCACAGAGGACAAUAAAAUUCACAUUCACUUAGGGUCUCAGUUUAAACGGUCCCCUGGGACUUCAGGUGAAGGAGUCAGUCCAGUUAUUACUGUCCGACCAGUAAACGUGACAGCCGAAAAGGAGGUUUCCACCGGCACUGUCCUUCGCUCCCCCAGGAACCACCUCUCCUCACGGCCUGGUGCAAGCAAAGUGACGAGCACUAUCACCAUAACACCGGUCACAACGUCAUCUGCUCGAGGAACCCAGUCAGUGUCAGGACAAGACGGGUCAUCCCAGCGGCCUACACCCACCCGCAUUCCUAUGUCAAAAGAAAGCAUCAUCAUUCACCAGUUACGAAUGAACUCCAGAUGAAAUGGUAAACCAAGCACAUACUGGGUGUAUGUACGACCUCUGAAUCCCUAUUGAAUGGACAGCCCUCAAUCAUGACUAAGGUCCUCCAUGCUACUGAUCACUACUGGAAAUAUUUUACUACUUCCAGUGAUUUUUUUUUUUAAGGAUAUAAUGUAAAAGCUGAAAAUGGCCUUGCUGAUAAUAUGAAAAUAUGUAGCAAGAGCAAUUCAAUCUAUGUGCCAAAAGAAAUUUCUUUUUGCAAAGCUUUCAGGUCUAUGGGCACACGCUGUAUAACUUAUUUUUUAUAAUACAUUUUGUAAUGUGAUUUUUUUUCCUAAAGUGUUUCCCUUUUUCAUAGUCUCUGGCACAUAUAUCUAUGGAAUACGCUGUCAGUUCUUCAAAGUACUGGUAUUGUUGCAUUCAAAAUGGUAACCUAUAAUUAUUUUCUUUUUAUCAAUUUAUUAAUUCUGAGAAAAAGAAAGUACAACUAUAUUUCCUGAGGUAAAUUCAAGAGGUAAAACUUAGAAGCAGGAGAUUCUCGAAGAGGUUUAACUAUUGCUUGUACAAUGCUAUGGUUCUGAUCAUGGUUCAAUACUAACAAAUAACGCUCUGACUUAAAAGCUUAAUUUUAAAUACUAAAAAUCAGUUUCUAAAGUUGCUCUUUCUGGUGUUCUGGGCCAAAAACCUUGGAUGAAAUGAUUUUUAUGUAGAACAAAUUCAUAAAAGGAGAUGUACCAGUUUAACCAGUAAGGGUAAUAAGAACAGCUUCGACUGACAGUUCAAUUACACUUCUGAUUGCAUUAUUUACUUGUAUGUAUAAGACUUAUAAUAAGGACUGUGAAAUAAAGAUAGUUCUCACAAUCUAAUCCAAUCAAAACUUGAAUAUAAAAACAGACCGAAAAUGUCAGGAUCUUUUUAAAAAAAUAAGACUGGGCAUGGUGGGUCAUGCCUGUAAUCCCAGCACUUUGGGAGGCCAAGGCGGGAGAAUCGCUUAAGCCCAGGAGUUCAGGAUCAGCCUGGGCAACACAGGCUGAUUAAAAAAAAAAAAAAAAAAAGUUAGGGGGGCCUGGUUGCUUGUGCCUGUAGUCCUAGCUACUUGGGAGUCUGAGGUGGGAGGAUCACUUGAGCCCAGGAGAUGGAGGCUGCAGUGAGCCAUGAUUGUGUCACUGCACUCCAGCUUGGGUGACAGAGUGAGACUCUGUCUCAAAACAAAGACAAACCCACACACACACAAAACCCCCCAAAACCCAGAAAGAAAAAGUAGUACAAGAAAUCUCAGGAUCGAUAACUUUUUUCCCCUUGAUUUUGAAAGAUUUUCAUAACUACAGGCAGGUUAGAGAAUAUAUUCUUUGAAGAUAAAAAGCACAACAUGCAUUACUCAAAUCUCAAUGUCAGAGCUACUAUUGAAUUUAGGUUUAUGUGAAAAUGUGCAUCUAAAGUCUACUUGAAACCCUGGUAAUAUACUUUUAAAGACUGUUAAUAUGGACAUGUUUUUAGUAAGGUCUUUAAAGAUAACUUUAAAGAUAAAUUAAGAGUUGACACAUCAGUUUCUGAAUGUGGAAAUCAUUUAUCAUGUAACUUUACUGAAAUUAAAGAAAGAAUGCUUCUGAAUGUCACAAGGACAACUAAAAGCCACACAAGGAGGACUGCUGGCCCAUUUCUCUAGUCCACAGGUUGUGCUCAGCUUUAGAAGCCCACACAUGGGCAUCCAAACUGAGUCUCUGGAAUAGAAAAAUUAAUGCUGGACUUCCUCCCCUGUGUAAACUUGGAAGGUUUUAAGUUACACCUUGGGGAACUGGCAAAUCAUUUGCAACAUGUAUUAUAAAUUACAUGAUGUUAAAAUUAUUUUUAAUUUUUUAAACUAAAGGAAAUGUUACAGUAGGCUUGCCAUAGCUUGAAUGAUUGUGAAAACAUCACAUAACCUUCCAGAAUUUUGGUUACUAAGAAAACUGGAGUGUGUAUGUGUGAAGAUUUUUUAGAAUUGUUACUGGGUUUUGUUUUCUGAAAAUGUUGACUGUAAUGACAUUUUCAAUUAGAAAACUGUUUUAGUUAGUACUGUUAUAUUUUUUGACUCACAGUUAAGUAUCCUAUUUGCCAAUGUUUGUACCUCUGAUGGCAAAAUUAUUCUGAUAUAUUAGACUAGUAUUUGAAGCAAAUAACUUUCUCAACUUGUGGGAAUUUUAUUAUACUAAUAGUGAAAAUGUUAGAGGAUAAGAUUUUAAAUACUUCUUGAUUUAAAUUAAAAUACUAUAAGAAAUGUAUGUAUAUUUGGAUUUGAAGGUUUUUUUUUCCCUGGAUUUAUAAUGAAUUUGGAACUUACAAGAACAAUGAGGAUGAUGGUGCAAUCAGAGUCAUUUAGACAGAUGCUGAGCUUUUUCUG